AUGGCAGUUAUGGGAAAGGACAGUAGCACCUCUUCCUUGACUGACCCUCAAUUACAUUGGUUGUUUAAGAAAGCAGAUCUCUCCUCCAACGCCUUUUUAGUCUCUUCUUCAUAUUCAGGGGACUGCUUAUGUAUUUUUAGAGUUUUUUUACCUCUAAUCGAGAUGACUAAAGAGAUAGUCAAAAGUGACUGUGCUAACAUCGCGAAGCGCAAGAAAAGAAUAACUAUAGACUCAGUUUGA